CACUGUAGCUAAUUGAUCAAUGGAUGGUCAAAGUCAAAGUCAAAGUCAAAGGGUGAUGAUGAUUCAUGAUGCCUCUGGAGGAGUGAGAUUGAAAGGUGUGAAAUGGGUUCUUGAUGGGUUCUUGUUGAAGGAUGGAGAUAUGAUUACUUUGCUUUUUGUUGUUCAUCAAAUCCUUCAUCCCAUGGGAUACAAGAUUAGAGUUGAUAGCUCCAUGUUUGGAGGGGCGAACCAAAGGGCGAUCGAUGAGGAAGUUGCGAAAAAGAAGAAAGAGUACGACGACAACCUUCAACUUGCUGAAAUAUCAAAACUAUACCAAACCCGAAAGGUCGAUUUCAAAAUCGAAGUGAUAGCUGGGCCUAUACCCAAAAGUGCCGCAGUAGACGCAUCCAAGAAAUAUAAGGCGACAUGGGUUAUACUUGAUAGGAGAAUGAAGAGGGACAAGAAGUUCUUUAUCGAUAGGCUUUCGUGUGGGAUAUCGACAAUGAAUAGCAAUGACGAAAUAAUAGAUAUAAGAGGACCAAGAAGAAAACCCCAAACGCUUAUACCAUAUGCCAAAAUGUUACCCGACGACAACAAAAUUUCAACUACUACUACUACUGAAACACCUAAUGAUCAAGAAUUGUUUAGCAUCGAAUUUGACCCCUCAUGUGCGAGUUCCACGAGCACUAGAACUAGCAUUAGUGACGGCGUGUCAGCAAAUAAUCAAGAUGACAAGAUGUCAACGCUUGUAGAGGUGUCUGUCGACGAACAAGAUAAUUCUCUCAAUGAUCAAGUACCAAUGCCGGAGGAGAAAUCUACUGAAGAGGAAACUAUUGGUCAAAGUCAGCAUACUUAUGAUGAAGAAGUCAACGAGAAAUUUACCGAAGAGGAAAUGAUUGGUCAGAAUCAAACUACCUAUGAUGAAGAAGUCAACGAGAAUUUUACUGAAGAGGAAAUUUUUGGUCAAAGUCAGCAUACUUAUGAUGCAGAAGUCAACGAGAAAUAUACUUAUGAUGAAGAAGUCAACUAUCAAUUUGGUGGGAUGUCACCUAUGCCUAAGCAGGCGAAGCAUUUUUACCAAGGCAUACAGAUAUGAUUUUUUUUAAGUUUUUAUUAAUAAUAAAAAUCGUUAUUUUGUGUGUGUAAUAAAAGUGGAUAAAAUAAAUGUGAAUUUACGUAUCUCUUUGAAUUGUGUAACCAGUUCAACGGUACUCUUGCAGUAUCAGUUGAAUAGUUCAAUGAUAAAUAAGAACGAGUAUGUAAUUUUCUGUGGUGAAAUACCAUACCAAAAUUAGACCAA